AUGGCCUCGGCCAUAUCAUCUGUAGCUAUAGAAGAGGAAGCCAGGUGCCCCAUCUGCUUGGAGUAUCUAGCUGACCCCAUGACCCUGGAAUGCGGGCACAACUUCUGUCGGGCCUGCAUCACUGACUACUGUGAAAAGUGGGAAAAACUGGGGGACUUGGAGUGUCCCUUCUGCAGGUUCCCGAUCCAGAAAGGAAAAUUCCAGCCAAAUUGUCAGUUGGCCAAUAUAGUUGAAAAGCUCAAACUCCUUCCCAUAAAACUCAAAAAAGAAACCCUGUGUGCGAAACAUAAGAAGGAGCUCAACCUGUACUGCCAAGAGGAUGGAGAAUUAGUUUGUGUGGCCUGUGAGAGGUCCCCAGAGCACAGAUCACAUACUGUGCUUCUCCUGGAAGAGGCCGUCCAUGAAUACAAGGAAAGAAUCAAGGCCCACCUGAAGUCUCUGGAGGAAAAGAAAGAAAACCUAGCAGCUGAAGAGCAGGGAAGCCAGGAAUGUCUGGCACAGUUAGAAUUGGAGAAGCAGAAAACCAGAUCUGCAUUUAAGCAAACGCAUAGCUUCCUUGAGCAAAAAGAACACCUUCACCUAGCCCAGUUGGAAGAUUUGGAGGAAAAAUUCAAGAGCAGGCUGGAAGAAAAUGUCACUAGAAUUACUGAAGAGAUUUCUCGUCUUAGUGACCUGAUUGCCAAGGCGGAGGGGAAGUUGGAGCUACCGGACAGUGAAUUGCUUCAGGAGAUCAGAAGUACCCUCAGCAGCUAUGAGAAGAAACAAGAGAGACAGCUGGUAAAAUUUUCUCCAGAGGUGGAAGAGCGACUCAGACAUUUUUCUCAGGUCAACUGUAUUCUAAAGAAGGUGAUGGAAACUUGUGAAGUGAAUGUAAUUCUGGAUCCAGACACAGCCCACCCCCGCCUUAUCCUGUCCGAGGAUCUCAGGAGCGUGAAAUGGGAAAGCGCAUAUCGGACGGACCUGCCUGACAACCCUGAGAGAUUUGAUCUUAUGCCUGGCGUGCUGGGCUGCGAGGUGUUCACUUCAGGCAGUCAUUGGUGGGAAGUGGAAGUGGAUUUGAAAGGGGAAAUGUGGGCAGUCGGGGUAGUCCGCGAGUCUGCCAGGAGAAAGGGGGAGAUCAAGCAUUCUCCCAAUGAGGGGAUUUGGGCUAUGGGGAAAACAGUUGACCCGUAUCCCACUUCCAGGUACUAUGCUUUUACUUCCCCUCAGUGGACCAUUUUGCACCUGUGGCCUGAGCCCAGGAAGAUCCUGGUGAGCCUGGAUUAUGAAAAGGGUACUGUGGAAUUUUUUGAUGCCGGUACCAACAAAUCAAUCUUCACUUUCCAUUCGGCCUCAUUCAUUGGGGAGAGGAUCCGACCCUCUUUCUUUUUGUGGAGAAAGGCCAGACUGACCUGUGGAAUCUAG